AGAGAAAUAAGAAAAAAAAAAAAAAAGCAGAUUCCAAGCUUAGGAUAUGGAUCGAUCAUUUUCUUCUGCAAAAAUGCCCAAAAUCUAGUCAAAGAGAAAUAAUCCUCGGUAUGUUCGUCAGCAAUCUAGUUGAUUCUGUUCGAACCCUUUCCCUCAAAACCCAUUACCAAAUUGUGUUGUUGAGAGAGCUUUGAUCUUCAACUUCAAUGGCUGAGCUUGAGGAUUCUCAAGCUCAUCUUCCACUUCUUGAUUCGAAACAGAAUCGGAGUUCACAAGCGACCAGGCGAGGAGAUGAGGAAGAAGAACAUUUGGACAGAACACUGGAGCUGCUGGACACAUUGCUUGGCCUUUUGGGGUUCCAUCAAUCCUCUGUUUUGAGCUGUGUUCUGUCUUGGUCUGGUUUUGUUCUUGUCGGUGUUGUUCUGCCUGUUGUGGUGUUGGAACUCGCUGAUUGCGCUGCGUGUGAGAUGUUCCAGAUUAAGGAUUUUGAGGUUAAUACACUGGUCUCACAAGCUUGUCUUGCAGCUGUGUCUCUGCUUUGUCUUUCUCACAACCUCAGAAAAUAUGGCAUCAAGAGGUUCCUCACUGUUGAUAGGCAGAUCAGCUCUUUGGCUCGGUAUCGCAAAGACUAUGUCAAGAAGAUUCAGGGAUCAAUACGUUUGCUCGUCUUCUGGGCACUUCCAUGUUUCAUUCUGAAGGCUACUCAAGAGGUAAUUCGAAUAUUAUAUGCGGAAGGAGUAUCAUCAUGGGGGCUAUCUGUUGGUAUCUUACUGGCUAUGACCAUAUCUUGGACUUAUCUGAGCUUGGUCUCUUUAUCAGCCGCCAUUGUAUUUCAUUUGAUGUGCAAUUUGCAAGUGAUACACUUUGAUGAGUACGCCAAGCUACUGCAAACCGAGUCUGAAGUUUUGUUUUUAAUAGAGGAGCAUAUUUUCCUGCGCUAUCAUUUGUCCAAGAUAAGCCACAGAUUCAGAAUCUUUCUUCUUCUACAGUUCUUGGUUGUAACUGCUAGCCAGUUCAUGACUCUGUUCCAGACGACAAGAUUCAGUGCAAUGAUUACCCUCAUAAAUGGUGGUGGUUUUGCAGUGUCUGCAAUUGUUCAAGUGGUUGGAGUCAUUCUUUGCUUACAUGGAGCAACAAAGAUUUCCCACAGAGCCCAAGGAAUCGCAUCAGUAGCUAGUAGAUGGCAUGCUCUUGUCACUUGUGGUCCAGGUGAUGCAUCUCAGCCUCGAUAUCCAAAUGGCAACGCAGACGCUACCAGUAGACUGAGCACAAUGGGUAGCACUUACUCCGAAAGUGAUUUGGAGUCCUUGGAUGUUGUUAUUACAAUGCCGACAACCACACAGCUAGCUUCUUACAUGUCCUCCUAUCAUAAAAGAGAAGCAUUUGUCAUGUAUUUGCAUAUGAAUCCUGGCGGCAUAACGAUUUUCGGGUGGACAGUUAAUAGAGCUCUGUUGAACACUUUGUUUUUUAUUGAACUCACACUCAUCACCUUCGUGCUUGGGCAGACCUUAGUUUUCUCCUGAAGUUUCAGAAAUGGUUCUGUUUGUAGAACCCUUCACAUUCAAAUGUCAUACGUGUAAAAUUAUUCACUGGCUGGCGCCAUUUUUGUAUUUCAACAUGUUUUUUUCUUCGUUUGCGAGUAAUCAAUCCCAAUUGUUGGAGUUAUUUUCAUUCCCUUUGGUCGUAUUUCUUCCUACCAUGAGUUAUAUGUUAUUUAAGCCGU